UCUCAUUUUAUUCUUUUCUCGGUUAACUUUAUAGGUGAACCUUUAACAAGGACAAAGUCAAAGGCUUGAGAAUUUGUGAUUAAUUUAAUCAAUUUAAUUGAUUGUUGUUUAAAUUUAAAUUAUCAAAAUGCGUCUAUUUCGGACUCUCCUUUACAAAGUUACUGGUGAAGACACUUCCAAGAAAACAAUUGGGGCUUUGAUGUUUAAAUUAAACGAAUAUUGUAAAUUUGGUUUGUACCAUGAUGACGUUUAUCCUGAUUUAGAACAUGAGAUGGAAACUCGUGAAGCUGUACGUCGAUUACCAUCUGAGAUUUACCAUCAGCGUAAUUUUCGUUCAAUAAAAGCCUUUCAAUUAGAUAUACAGAAAGAGUAUCUUCCCGAAGAUCAAUGGACAAAAUAUGAAGAUGACCUCAAGAAUGGUAGAUACCUUCAACCUUAUAUUGCUGAAGUAAAAGCUGAAUUAAAGGAACGUGAAGAUUGGGAGAAAGCCCAUUUUAAAUAAGUUACCUGUAUCUAAGAAUAUUAAUUGUUACCAGUUAAUCAAACCUACUUUCAGGGAGAGAUUGUUUGUUUUGUUGCUAAUCAAAGCAACAACAACAAAAAAAAGAAAGUCAAAGAUAAACAAUUAUCUUUAGUGUUAUAUUUAUGAAUCAAUGGGAUGAGUUAUAAAAGAAAACAAAUGUAAUCAAUUAUAAAUGUAGACAAUAAACUCUCUUAAAUCAUCUUAA